CCAUUUUCCUUUCUUUCUCUCUCUUAAAAAUUCUCUGUUACACUUUCUGUCAUUGUCUCUCACUUUCUCUCUCCUUCGACACAGACCACUUUCUCUCUCCUUCAACAUCGACAUUUUCAAUGCCUCCGAUGAAGCUUCGACGAUCAUCGUCCCCGGCGCAAACACUGACGACCUCUUCGCAAGAUGCUCGUGUUUUGGUGAGAGAGACGAUUCGAAUCAGUGCUAAUUUAGCUUCGGGUCCUCCGUCAAUGCCGGUGAUUCCUCCGACAAUGCCGGAGAGUAAGAACUUGAGGUUAGGGCUUGUGGAAGAUGAGUUUAUUGAUUCUAGUUUGCGAUUGAUUUGCUGUGAGGAGAUUGAUGGUCGGCGUUGGAAGUAUAUCGCUGAGAAUGAUUCUUUUGGUAAUAUUAAGAAAGGAUCUAUACGUUCUGUUUCUUUGCAGACUCCUCUCGCUCCCGUUGAUGAAUUAAUGUCAUUUAUACGAUCUUAUGUUGUUCCAGAAGGCUUUCCUGAUAGCGUCUCACCUUCAUAUGUACCAUACAUGACAUUUAGGGCAUUAAAGCACUUCUUUGGUGGAGCUAUAGGUGUCUUCACAACACAAACACUAUUGACUUCCGUGGGAGUAUCUAGAAACAGAGCCGCCCCUGGUGCUGUAGCUAUGAAUUGGAUCCUUAAGGAUGGUGCUGGCCGGGUUGGAAAAAUGCUCUUUUCUCGACAAGGAAAAAAGUUUGACUAUGAUUUGAAACAACUUAGAUUUGCUGGUGAUUUAUUGAUGGAACUGGGUGCUGGGGUUGAACUGGCGACUGCAGCUAUGCCAAACUUGUUUCUUCCAUUGGCUUGUGCUGCCAAUGUUGUUAAGAAUGUUAGUGCUGUUACGUCAACAUCUACUCGUACUCCAAUUUACAAAGCAUUUGCAAAGGGGGAAAAUAUCGGAGAUGUCACUGCCAAAGGUGAAUGUGUUGGCAAUGUUGCUGAUCUGUUGGGAACUGGACUAAGCAUCAUGCUUUCGAAAAAGAAUCCAUCCUUGUUUACAACAUUUGCCUUCCUUUCUUGUGGUUAUGUUAUGAGCUCUUAUUUAGAGGUGAAGUCUGUUGUACUGCAUACACUAAACAGGGCUCGAUUUUCUGUGGCAGUGGACUCUUUUCUGGAAACUGGGCGAGUUCCUUCUCUAAAAGAAGGAAAUUCAAAAGAAAGCAUAUUUGCUUUUCCUUGGGUACAAGAUAGCUCUAUUCAACUUGGUUGUAGAUUCAAAGAUGCUUUUCAGGACCCAGGUCUAUAUGUUGCUUUAGAACCCCUUUUUGAGAGAGAGAGAUACAUUGUGACAUACAAUCCGUUGAAGAACAAAGUGUGUGCAUUGCUUAAAGAUCAGGCAAAGUCUGAAGACAUCUUAAAAGCGGCAUUUCAUAGUCAUGUACUUCUUCAUUCUAUUCAGUCUUCAGUCAAAAAUCAGAUCUCUUCUGGAAAGCAUUAUGAACAUGAUAGCUUAAAUUCUAUAGCCAUGCCUGCAAAUAUUGAGAGUCUUGUGGCUGAUACAUGCAAUAUGGUUUCAUCUACAUAUGGGCUGUUCAAAUAUAAGGCUGCUGAACAGGGAUGGGUGAUGUCAGAAUCACUUCUUAAUCCUGGGCGAGCUCGGUUGUGUCAAGAUUAAGGUUGGACCUUAUAUCUUUUAUCGAUGUAAACAAGUUAGAUCUUGGCGUUGUAAGAAUUUCGAGUCAAGAUACAUGGGCAUCUGCAUGACACGACUACUCACAUGACCCUGAUUCAGUGAUAAUCUUUAUCUUGCUGUUAACAUCAAGAUAUGAGUGGCAGCCUUUAUAAUGGUUAUAGUAAUUGUGGAUACAAUUGGUCGUUUUGAUCCACCGGAAGAUUUCAGACUUCCACAAUCCAGUAUUGUUAAGAAAGAUUAUGUAGAAGGCGGGCGGCCUGUCUUCCUAUUCGAUAUAUAGCUUGUGCUGUUGCUGCAAGUAAGAAGUUCUCUUACCAAAUAAAUGGGAAGGAAAUUUUAGUUUCUUCUUGUCUGUCAUUGUAUUUCUGUUUUGUGGUAUUUUUUUUAUUAUGUUUGAGGAGGCAAUAUUUUAUUAGAUUAGGAGGUUUUGGCUAUGUGUUAGAUACAUCCUUUUCUCCAGGAAAAUGGCUUGCAAUUUUAUUCCAUUUCCUCUAUACAUCAUUGUAAAAUAGCAAGAGUGCCUGUAAGGCUGUAACUACUAUACUAUUAAUAUAAAGAAAGCUUGUUUCAA